GCGUGGGGUCAAGGGUCACGCAAGAUGGCGGCGCUCAGGAGGCGUUGAGGCGUGGAGCUGAGGAUGGCGCUGGCUGCGCUAGCCGCCGGGGCUCGGCUGGGGCGGCGGCUGAGCGGAUCGGGAUCGGAGCUGAGGCCGGGCCGAGGGCAUUGGACAGCGGCCGGACGCUCGCGAAGCCCACGCGAGGCAGACACGCCCGUGUUCCAGUAUGUGGGCGAGCGCGCUGCCCGUGCGGACCGAAUCUUCGUGUGGGGCUUCAGUUUCUCCGGGGCGCUGGGCGUGCCCACCUUCGUGCUGCCUGGCGCCGGGCCCGAGCCUCGCUCUGGCUCACGGCCGCGACGCAGGAUCCAACCUGUGCCCUACCGCCUGGAGCUGGACCAGAAGAUUUCAUCUGCUGCCUGCGGCUAUGGGUUCACGUUGUUGUCUUCUAGAACCAAGGACGUUACGAAAGUCUGGGGCAUGGGGCUCAACAAGGACUCCCAGCUUGGAUUUCAUAGGAGCCGCAAAGAUACCACCAGGGGAUACGAGUACGUGCUGGAGCCCUCGCCGGUGCCGCUGCCUCUGGACAGACCCCAGGAGACGCAGGUGCUGCAGGUGUCCUGUGGCCGAGCGCACUCGCUCAUCCUGACGGACAGCGAAGGAGUCUUCAGCAUGGGAAACAAUUCUUAUGGGCAGUGUGGAAGAAGCGUGAUCGAAAAUGAAAUUUACAGUGAAAGCCACAAAAUCACCAGACUGCAGGACUUCGAGGGACAGGUGGUCCAGGUCGUCUGUGGCCAGGACCACAGCCUGUUCCUAACGGAUAAAGGAGAGGUGUACUCUUGCGGCUGGGGCGCCGAUGGACAAACAGGUCUGGGUCACUACAAUGUCACCAGUGUGCCCACCAAGCUGGGUGGAGACCUGGCCGGGGUGCACGUUGUCCAGGUUGCCACCUACGGUGACUGCUGCCUGGCCGUGUCUGCUGAGGGCGGCCUCUUUGGUUGGGGGAACUCCGAGUACCUGCAGCUGGCCUCUGUCACCGACUCCACGCAGGUGAACGUGCCCCGGUGUUUGCCCUUCCCGGGAGUGGGAACGGUGAAGCAGGCCGCGUGUGGCGGUACGGGCUGUGCUGUGCUCAACGGAGAAGGACAUGUUUUCGUCUGGGGCUACGGAAUUCUUGGGAAAGGACCAAACCUUGUGGAAACCGCGCUUCCAGAAAUGAUUCCGCCCACCCUCUUUGGCCUGACGGAGUUCAACCCAGAGGUCCGAGUCUCCCUCAUCCGAUGUGGCCUCAGUCACUUUGCCGCCCUGACCAGUAAGUGACCGGGCCCGUGCGGCCCCACAGACAGGCAGAGAGCUCAGCCGUCUCCCCGGGCAGUGGGGUGGCGUCCCCACGUGGGUAAUUAAAGAGCGCGGCCAGUCCAGGGGGUGCUUGGCUUGAGGACAUACCAUGUGUGUCCUUUCUUCAUCCCAAGGUUGUUUUUGGUUCAUUUGGUUCAUCUGGGUCAGGCGCACGUUAAAGUGAGUUCUCUCAAGAGGACACUAGUCGGCGGUGGGGAGGGGACGGUGGAGUGUGUUGGGGACGCUGGUGGGGACCAGCGGAGGUUUGGCCAGUCCG